AUGACUGGAAGACUGUUUAAUCCACAGCAUUUACACUUUCCAUUAUUAGCCUUAUCGAUCGGUUUAUUAGGCUAUGCCCUAGCUACUGCUGAUUGGCCAUGCGGAAAUUUAUUCACUCAAUGCUUUAAAACACUGCCGAUAUUAAUUGUGAUCAUACUAUUAGCCGCAGGUGUCGGUGGAUUGGGAUUAAUAUUUUUAAUUGAUUUAUUCGGUGCUUGUAGUAGUAAAUGGAUACCGGGACCAGUGUGUACAACGAUUAA